AGACCAGAGUUUUCAUCUCAUGGAAAAUUCUGAAUCAAAAUCAAAAACAGCUGAGGUAGUUACUCGGGUGCCUUCCUUCAGCUUAUUCAAAAGAAUACAGGAUGAACGCGAUGGGAAGAUCUCAAGUGACGCAUUAGCCAGAAGAAGAAAUCAAGCCUGCUAUCAAGACUGACGCUGGGAGAAUUUCUCCAGGGCACUUAGGAAAAUUUAAGAUCCAUGCCUCCUGCCACACAAGCAUUGGAAGAGAUCAAAGGCCACCCCUGGAAGCUCAAGAGAGAACGAUGGGAGUUGUGAUCUGUACCUCUGUGUGCAUAAUGGUUGUACCUGGGUCUCUCCCUGUCCCUGCUCCAGGAAGGCAUUGGAUCCUCCCAAGUCCACGGGCGUCUCUGAAAGUAACCUCACCCGUUGCUGCCAUGCCCUGGGGAAUUCGAGGAAUGAAGGAGACCAGAAGGCAGGUGAAGACGGGGACAGCACAUGCUAGCCCACGGCCACCCGGGCCUUGUGCAUCAUCCAGAACUGGAAGUGCAGAUGCUAGACAGACUGGAGAUGGAGUUUCAGGCACCGGGCUGAGAGUGAGACCCUGGAGCCUGAAAGGGGGUUUCUGGCUGAGAGAGUCUACGGUCAUGUGGUUCUGUGGCUGCCCAUGCCAAGGGAAUGUCCGCAUAUGCCAAAUACCGACCCCACUGGCCAUCACUGCGCUGCUCCUUGGGAUUUUCAGUGAUUUAGGAUUUGCCUUCCAAAAGGCAAAGACCACUAGAACAGGAAGUGGCAGUGCUGGCAUUUCCACACAGAAUUGCCUGGCUCCAUGUGCACGCCUUCCAUGGUGCCAUGAGGACGCUUCAAAGACAGACGCAACUCAUGUUUCUGCCUGUGGUCUAGCCUCUCGCUUGGGGGAGCCAGGACUGGGAUUGUAGGGACUGUUGACUGGCUCCAAGGGAGUGUCCAGAAAGGGGCUGGGUGUUUCAUUUCCUCCCUCAAGUCCCCAUUCACCACUCCAAAGCAACCCCAUGUAGGUUCAACAUCAGGAAAAAUAGCGUUAGUUUGCCGAGCAAGCACAAACUCCAAGCUCUAAACACGCCUUCUAACUAGACUGCCAACUCUCAGCCCCUCCUCAACGGAAAACUGGGAGCCUCCUUCAAUUUAUGAAGUUUUAUGUUAAUGUCUCUCAGACCAAAUGCUCCCUGAGUGUAGGAAUUGUGUCUGUUCAACUUUGGGCUGCAUCUGGUUGACUACACAUGGU